CGCGAGCAUGCUCGCCAUGCCGCGGGAGGAGAGCACUACGAAGGCAUGUCGGUGGGCAAAUACCUGGCCACCCGCAUCUCAUCGCUCAAGCCGCCGAUGGACAAGGUCGAGAAUCCCUUCAAGCUCCUCUGUCUGCUGAAUCGAAAGCAAUGGAAGUUCUUUCUAUGCUCGUUCUUCGCGUGGACUUGGGAUGCCUUUGACUUCUUCACCGUGUCGCUUACUGUGACGGAUUUGGCUGAGACGUUUGGCAAGACCAAGAAGGACAUCACUUGGGGUAUCACGCUCGUCCUGAUGUUUCGGUCUGUUGGAGCGAUCACAUUCGGUCUUGCUUCUGAUCGAUAUGGACGCAAGUGGCCUUUUGUUGUGAACAACAUCCUCUUCAUCGUUCUGGAGAUGGGCACCGGCUUCUGCAACACAUACAAGCAAUUCCUCGCUGUCCGUGCUCUCUUCGGAAUUGCCAUGGGCGGACUGUACGGCAACGUCGCUGCGAUGGCUCUCGAAGACUGUCCGCAAAAGGCCAGAGGCAUCAUCUCCGGCAUGCUCCAACAGGGUUAUGCAUUUGGCUACCUCCUCGCAACCGUAUUUGCUCGUGCUUUCGUCAACACCACGCCUCAUGGCUGGAGGCCUCUAUACUGGUUUGGCUCCGCCGUGCCAGUUCUUAUCAUCAUCUUCCGUCUAUUCCUGGGCGAGACAGACGCUUACAAUGAGCGCGUACGAAUCCGCGAAAGCGGCGACAACAUCGGCAAGACAUUCGUCAAGGAAGGCAAAAUUGCUUUGAAGAAGCACUGGACGCUGCUCAUAUACAUGGUCCUGCUAAUGGCAGGCUUCAAUUUCAUGUCCCAUGGCUCUCAGGAUCUUUAUCCAACCAUGCUUACGAACCAGUACAACUUCUCGCCAAACGCCGUGACCGUCACACAGGUUGUAGCAAACCUCGGAGCUAUUACUGGCGGUACCACGAUUGGAUACCUCAGCCAGACAUUUGGACGUCGCUUCUCCAUCAUUGUUGUCUGCAUCCUCGGUGGAGCAUUACUUUAUCCCUACUCAUUUGUCUCUAAUGAACGGAUCAUGGCUGCGGCAUUCUUCGAGCAAUUCUGUGUCCAGGGAGCAUGGGGUGUGAUUCCCAUUCACUUGAUGGAAUUGAGUCCUGGCAGCUUGCGGGCUUUCGUCGUCGGUACAUCUUAUCAGCUCGGCAACCUCGCCUCAUCGGCUUCCUCGACGAUCGAGGCCACUAUUGGAGAGAAGUUCCCCCUGCCACCUAAGAUCGAGGCGAAUGGAAAGAAAGUGCCGCGAGAUGAGUAUGGAAAGGUCAUCUGCAUUUUCAUGGCUUGCGUCUUUGUCUACGUGAUUCUGCUCACUUUGCUCGGUCCUGAAAGGCGUGGACGGAGUCUGGACGCCGCUGAUGACGAGGACUUGGCCGAAGCGGCUGGCCCCGAUGCUGUUGAGAAGGCGAGGCAUGGCGCGAUUCGUGAGGGAUCCGAUAGUGACGAAGCCAAAGUUGGAGGAGAGUUCAAUGCCAGGAGGGACUCGCAGUAG